UCAGAUCUUCAUCUCUAUACAUUCUAUGAUCUGGAUACAUUGCAUUCUAAUCUAAAGUGGCUCUGUGCCUGUGAAAGUUGUGUAAUUGUCAGCCACUUAGAAGCCAGACCUUGCUCUUGCUGUGGCAGCUUAGAUAUCAGAAACAAAAAGGUAGGGGGAACACAUUCCUGGUUCUAAUCUCUUAGCUCUUUGGGAAUGAGAAUAGGACGGAACAUUGGGGUUGGGACUUUGAGAACUUGUAGCCUUUUAUGGACAUUACUUUAGCCCUAACAAAAAAUGACCCUCAGGCAUUUUAAGCCUACAGAUGCCUAAGAACCACCUUCUCCAUCUGCUUCCGGUUGCCACUGGAAAACAAGAAAAAGAAAAAGCCCUACAUUCUCCAAACUUCAUUAGCACACAUUAUUUUUUCAGCAGGAUGAAUGUCUGGUUUUGAUGAGAUACCCAUAAAGGAGAUUGAUUUCUGCCAGAACGCAAGUGGAGGCAUUGUCACAGGGCUCGGGGACCAGUUCUACAAGGAAGCCAUUGAGCACUGCCGGAGUUAUAACUCGCGGCUUUGCGCGGAGCGCAGUGUGCGGCUCCCCUUCUUGGAUUCACAAACUGGGGUGGCCCAGAACAACUGCUACAUAUGGAUGGAGAAGAGGCACCGAGGCCCAGGCCUUGCUCCAGGCCAGCUGUACACGUACCCUGCCCGCUGCUGGCGCAAGAAGAGACGAUUGCACCCGCCUGAGGAUCCAAAGAUGCGGCUGCUGGAAAUAAAGCCUGAAGUGGAGCUGCCCCUGAAGAAGGAUGCGUUCACGUCGGAGAGCACCACGCUGGAAGCCUUGCUCCGAGGUGAAGGGGUUGAGAAGAAGGUGGACGCCAGAGAGGAGGAGAGCAUCCAGGAAAUACAGAGAGUUUUGGAAAAUGAUGAAAAUGUAGAAGAAGGAAAUGAAGAAGAGGAUUUAGAAGAAGAUAUUCCUAAGCGAAAGAACAGGACCAGAGGACGGGCCCGUGGCUCUGCAGGUGGCAGGAGGAGGCAUGACCCCGCCUCUCAGGAGGACCACGACAAACCCUAUGUCUGUGACAUCUGUGGCAAGCGCUACAAGAACCGGCCAGGACUCAGCUACCACUACGCUCACACUCACCUGGCCAGUGAGGAGGGGGAUGAAGCCCAAGACCAGGAGACCCGGUCCCCACCCAACCACAGAAAUGAGAACCACAGACCCCAGAAAGGACCAGACGGGACAGUCAUUCCUAAUAACUACUGUGACUUCUGCUUGGGGGGCUCUAACAUGAACAAGAAGAGUGGGCGGCCCGAGGAGCUGGUGUCCUGUGCAGACUGUGGACGCUCUGGUCACCCGACCUGCCUGCAGUUCACCCUGAACAUGACUGAGGCCGUCAAGACCUACAAGUGGCAGUGCAUAGAGUGCAAAUCCUGCAUCCUCUGUGGGACCUCGGAGAAUGAUGACCAGCUACUGUUCUGUGACGACUGUGACCGUGGCUACCACAUGUACUGUUUGAAUCCCCCUGUGGCUGAGCCCCCAGAAGGAAGCUGGAGCUGCCACUUAUGCUGGGAACUGCUCAAAGAAAAAGCCUCAGCCUUCGGCUGCCAAGCCUAGGCCGCCAGCUCACAGCAGGUGACUCGCUGCUGGAGAGGUCCAGCCAGAGCCCAGUUCAGUCCAGAUCGAGCCCCUGCUCCCCUGUUUGCAGACAGACCACCUGUAAGGAAAACCAGUGAUCACAGAGGGCCUGGAAAUGUGGGGUCAGGCGGGCGAGGACCUGCGUACCCCACCCCCCACAGGCUCCCACACUCCAGCCAGCCCCUCCCUGCUUCUCCCGGAAGGGUCUCGCCCUUGUGAAGGGCAGCCCGAGUGCCCCAGCCCUGUGGAACCCUCUCCCGUUUGCCCUGGCCCUGCAGCCCUCACUGGCACCCAUCAUAAGGGAUGGCGUUUUGUGACCAUGCAUCCGUUAUUCACGUGUAGUCUGGUGUUUUCUGUCCGUUGUGUUCUAAGAAACUUACUCACAGCCUCCUGCUUCCAGCGUGGACUGUUCAUCCUGAAAUCAGCAGAGGAACAAAGGGCCGUAAAGAAGUUGUUAUUUAUUAGAAGCCUCCCUGGAAACUUCUAGGCUCAGAGCCUGGAGGCCAUCUUGACAGUGAAAAUGGCUCCUUGUUCCGUGGUCUCUGAGAAGAGGAAGAGCUGCGUUCUGGACCCCCAGCUGAUAGCCAGUGGUACCAUAGCCAGGGCGGUCUCCUGAUGGGUCUGGGAGGGAAGCAGAGGCGCUGAGGGGUGGGAGGAGACAUUUCAAAGAUAGUUCUGAGGCCCUGCAGUGGCCGAUAAGUAUUUGUGACCCACCAGGAGUGGUUUUUCAGGGGACCAGGCUGUGCUGUCCCUUCGCCUUCAGAACUGGAGCACCCCCGAGGUGAGAUGGGCCCCAGCCUCUGGGCAGAGAAAGGUGUUGCGACUCUGCCUUCCACCCAGCCUGGGUCUUGGGCUUUCCCUGGCGGCACUCAGGAACCAGGAAGGUGAGUGGAGAGGACUGCCCAGUCAAAACCCCAAAUGUCCGUGGAAAGGACUGCAGCUCUGAGAGGCUCUUCAGUAUUGAUGACGCUGUGAAUUCUUUCUCAAGUAGUUUCUUCCUUCCACGAAGUAUAUGUCUGCCCUUGUCUACUGAGACCUGACUGGAAAUUUUAGGAGGGCGGAGAGAUAAUUGUUACCUGAACAAACAAUUGGGGGGAUGUGAUCAUUUAUGAGCAAGCAACGCAGCACCCUCUGCUUGAGGGCUGCUUUUGUCUCCUAAGCUCGCCAGUGUAGGAUGGAUGCUUGCCUUUUUUUUUUUUUAAAUUUUUUUUAAUGUAUCAGAGAAGAAAGAGGUGGGAAGGCUCAGAUUGUGAGAAGUCUGUGCGGGAAGUCAGCCCCGUGGGCCGGAGCAGAUCGGGCUGUCUUUGAAUCUCAGUAGCAGUGGCAACAGCAGCAGCACACAAUAACUGACACAUUUCUGGAAAAAUCAUUUGCCCAAAGGGCAGGUCUCGGUGAGUGGGACCCUUGCGCAUGCUCGGCUUCCCUGAAGUCAGCGCCAUCUCUGUGGUCCGGCUGCUUACUACAAAGGCCGAGGUUAUUUUUAGCCCUUCAGCUCCUGAAGAAGCCCCUGGAGACCUGCAGGCGGGGGGCUAGCUGGGCCACUUCAGCCCGCUGCAGCGUUCACUCUGCAACUUGGCGAGAACCUUCCUCCCCGGCUAAUUGCUCUUGGCCAGUGGACCCACGGCCACCUGGCGUGGAGCCAAGCUGUGUUGGUCUCCCUCAGUUCUUUGCCGAAUGACCUGUGGCAAGAAACAGGGGUCACUCUGCUGCAGGGGCUUGUGGCCUUGGAGUGCGUUACACGCAUACGUAAUGAUCUCAUUUAAAGGGCUCUGUCCAGAUGGGAUUUCGUCUUUUUCAUAAGACAGUCCCUUCCCCCUGCUGGUUGGCAAACCUGUUCUGGAUGCUGGAGGCCCAGGGCGGGUUUGGCGAACUGCUGCUGCUCCUGCACUGUGUUGCCACACUGUUUGUUUACUCAGGAGGGGCAUCACAUCAGAGGGACACGUUCUCCCGCUGCUCUGGCUCUCUAUCUCCCAUCCCCAGACCCAGAGUGGGGUGUCCUGGAAGGCCGAGUACUAGUUUUGAAAGUCACUUCCACUUAAUUUUAGGAAAAAAGUUACCAAGAUAUUCCCAAAUACAACAAUGGCUUAAAAGUUAAAAAUGCAAAUCUGAAACCCAGAACUGUGGCCCUACUACUUGAUGGGCCCUCAUUGGAGUGUGUGCAGAUCUGUCCCCACCUAAA